AUUUAACAAGGACAUUAAUAGCUUUUCAUGUUCAAGUUUGUUAACCUACGUUUCAUAUCCCAGAACAGCCUUGGCUGAAGCAGAGCUUGAAUACAACGAGCAGCAUGUCAGUCGUUCGGUGUAUAUGAAAUUUCCCCUGUUAAAGUCACCGCCUAAGCUGGCUUCUGUGAUAGAUGGGUCAUCCCCUGCUAGUGUGCUCAUCUGGACCACGCAGCCUUGGACUGUGCCAGCCAAUCAAGCAGUCUGCUACAUGCCAGAUUCAGCAUACUCCGUUGUGAAGUGUGCGGCUACUGGCGAACGCUUCAUUCUAGCUGCAGAUAGAGUUGAAUCUACCGCUGCUGUUUUGGACACGCAGUUUGAGGUGAUGUCAACGUGUAAAGGUGUAGAUUUGGCAGAUGGUUCUUGUGCUCAUCCCACAAUUCCUGGCAGAGUCUCUCCUCUGUUACCUGCAAAUCAUGUGACGAUGGCAAAAGGAACAGGGUUAGUCCAUACAGCCCCAGCUCACGGUAUGGAAGACUACAGCGUAGCUUCCCACCACCAGCUACCCACGGAUUGCCUUGUGGAUGAAGGUGGUUUUUUUACUGAAGCUGCAGGUCCCGAAUUACAAAACAAGAAUGUCCUUGAAGAAGGGAAUGAAGCUGUCAUUCAGAUGCUUCAAGCAGCUGGGAGUUUGUUAAAAGAGGAGAAAUACGUGCACAGUUACCCGUAUGACUGGAGGACUAAAAAACCAAUGAUUAUUCGUGCCAGCAAGCAGUGGUUUGUAAACACAGCAAGUGUGAAGGCUGCAGCACAGGAAGUGCUGAAAAAAGUGAAAGUUAUUCCUACAUCUGCAGUGAACAGAAUGCUCGAAAUGCUGGACAGAAGGACGUUUUGGUGUAUAUCACGGCAAAGAUGUUGGGGUGUUCCGAUUCCUGUUUUUUACCAGAAGAACACGGGAGAAUGCUUGAUAAACAG